AAACAGACGCAGACGCAUUAUGAUACCGAUAUUGGAGAAACUGAGCGGAUUCUAUAGCAGCUCUGUGCUGGCCAUCGUCACCAUUGGCUACAUCCUGGGUGAGCUGGGGCACUAUCUGAUUGGCGUUACCUCCAAGCAGACGGCCAUUGAGCUGGACUAUGGUGAUCAUGCCUGCCAGCAGAACAGCAGGUUCACACGACACGAACUGGUCACCCAGUGUUCGGAUGUGAAGAACGAGAGCAGCUGCUAUGCGCUCGAGCUGAAUAGCACAUUCAUAUUGGUGUUUACCAUAGCUGGCGUCUUUAUGGGCUUCGCUGCGGACAAAUACAAUCGCGUUAAGAUGUUAACCGUUUGUACGAUUAUAUUUGGCAUUGCGAUCCUGCUGCAGGGCACCGUCAAAUCGUAUUGGCAUUUGGUUGUGCUGCGCAUGGUGAUGGCUGCUGGUGAAUCGGGCUGCAAUCCGCUAGCUACUGGCAUUAUGUCCGACAUUUUUCCGGAGAACAAGCGUGCCCUAGUCAUGGCCAUCUUCAACUGGGGCAUCUAUGGUGGCUAUGGAAUUGCCUUUCCCGUCGGUCGCUAUAUCACCACGCUCAACUUUUUCGAUAUGGGCUGGCGUGUUUGCUAUUUGGGUGCGGGUGUGCUGACCAUCAUCAUAGCCGGUCUAACUGGCACCACACUGCGGGAGCCGGAGCGCAAAUCGAUUGGCGAAGGUGAUCGGACAACGGCCAGUGGUAAACCGGUCACAUUAUGGCAGGUUAUCAAGAGUCCGGCGAUGAUAAUGCUCAUGAUUGCCGCCUCGAUAAGUCACAGCGGUGGUAUGACCUUUGCCUACAAUGCGGAUCUCUACUAUAAUACGUAUUUCCCGGACGUGGAUCUCGGCUGGUGGCUCUUUGCCGUCACCAUUGGUAUUGGUAGCGUUGGUGUUGUCGUUGGCGGCGUUGUCUCCGACAAGAUUGUCGCCAAGAUGGGCAUUCGUUCGCGUGCAUUUGUGUUGGCCAUUAGCCAAUUGAUUGCCACUCUGCCAGCGUUUGGCUCUGUCUAUUUUGAUCCGUUGUGGGCCAUGAUUACGCUCGGACUGAGCUACUUCUUUGCCGAAAUGUGGUUCGGUAUUGUGUUUGCCAUUGUCGUUGAGAUUGUGCCGUUGCGUGUCCGCUCCUCAACCAUUGGCGUCUUCCUCUUUGUCAUGAACAACAUUGGCGGCAAUCUGCCCAUUCUCGUGGAUCCUGUGGCCAAGGUCAUCGGUUAUCGCGGCUCUAUAAUGCUCUUCUAUGCGGGCUUUUAUGGCAUCACCUCCAUACUGUUCCUUAUCACCUGUUUCUUGCUAGAAGGCAAGCCCAAGCCGAAUGAAUCGGAGCAGGAGGCACAGAAGACACAUCCGGAUGCAGUUUUAGGUGCACGCCACAUGCACGGACAUGACAACUCCGUUUUCAGUGUGGACGAGACACUGCUGUCGAAUGGUCGUCCCGCCCAGUUGCCGCAACACCUUCAGAUGUCCAGCAACGGAUACGAGAAGUCACAAUCCACUCAGCCACGUCACAAUGGCGCCGAGAGCAGCAGACUGUAGUAUUAGGACUAGGACAAAAACCCAAACGUCGACAAAAUCGAAAAAGAUUUUUUAAAAAUAAAAU